AUGGAUUAUGAAGACGAACAAGAGCUGUUUAGUAAUGAACUUGCCUCACCUCAUCGGCCUAUUGGUGUAAAGAAAGCAAAGCUAAAAAGGAAAGAGUUGAAUGAGAAGACCAAGAUUGCUCAACAACAUGAGGAAUAUGCAUCUAAAAAAUUAGCUAUUCAACGUCAACGUGAGGAGAGCAAAAUCAUGCUUACUAGUUUGGAUUCAAUGACAGAUCCAGAAGGAUGUGAGUACCUACGAAUGAAAAAAGCUGAAAUAAUGGAGAGAAGAGCUCGUAAGUCCCAACUACAACAAUCACCUGCAACAUUUGGAUAUACUAAUUUUGGAUAUGGACAACACUAUGGAGGAACACCUGGAUAUGGUGAAAUUCCUCAUUAUGGAGGAAGUGGUGGAUCUGGAACAAGUGGUGCACAUGCAGGAGUGCAGCAAUUCGGUGGUAGCAGUGGAUCCAAUACAAAUGGUGGAUAUGGAGGAAUUCCAGAACAUGGAGGAAGUAAUGAUAGUCUGCCGAAAUACUAA